UCUUGAUCUUGGGGUUGUAGGUUCAAGCCCCACAACCAAAAGAUAAAAUCUUAAAAAAAAAAAAAAAAAAAGGAAAGAUGGGCUGCAGGCCAGAUCUGGCCCACAGGCGGCUGUUUGCUGACCCAGUCCUAGUGGUUCUCAAGUGUCGUGAUCUCGGGGCCCCCUUACAUUCUUAAAAGUUACUGGAGAUCCCGAACUAUCUUUACUAGUAGCAGUUGUGUUUGUGGGUAUGUAUCCUAUUAAAGCAAAGGCCAAAGAAAUUUCAAAGUAUUUACUAAUAAUGCUUAUAAGAUUAGAAGUAAUCAACAUUUCAUAUGUUGACAUAAGUAACCUUUUUUUUAAUGGAAAAUAACUGUGUUUUCCAAAACAAAAAAUUGGAAACCUGGCCUUGUUUUUCUGCGAAUAUCUCCAAUUCCUGACUUGAAAGAAGAUGGCUUCUCCAUUCGGCCUGUGUGUGUGCAGCCUGUGGAAGACCCCGGCGCACCCUCAGAUACCAUCUUACCAUCAUGAUGGAACAGUUCUGACCUUGCUGUACCCUGGGGGUCCCUGGACCACAGGAGGAUCUCUCUUCUAGCCCGGAGUCUUUCAGUCUUAGUGCUGUCGACAUUCGGGGCUGGACCAUUCUGUGCCAUGGGGCUGCCCUGUGGGCCUUAGGACCGCCAGCUGCCUCCCCACCGCUGGACACCCACAGCCCCAUUCCCCUACCCCCAUCCAGCAGUCAAAAGUCUCCAGACAUUCCCAGCUGUCUCCCGGUAGAGACGCUGCCGUGUCUGGGUCCCCUCCUUCGGGAACAGGGAAGAGGAAGGGGAGGGCACGCGGCUUCCUUGGAGGGUGGGGGGAUUGCACAGAGGAGGAAGGGGAGAGUGGAUGUGGGCCAAGUCCCACAGUCCGCCUCUUUUCCCGAUCCCCGGACAUGACUGGGGGCCCAUCCAUGUGUCGGAUGGCGUGGGCAGCCACGGGAAUACUGAAUGGGCACCUCAGCAACAGACACUGAUUUCUCUCAGUUCUGGGGCUGGAGUCCAAGGUCGGGUGCAGGCAGAUUUGUGUCCGGGCUGCGGGGGCAGCUUGCUUGUCUCCUCAUGUGGCAGAGCACGUCCAGGGAUGUCUGUUCCUCUAGCGGCACCAAUCCCCUCGUAUUCGGACCUCAGCCUCAUGGCUUCUCUUCGUCUCUUUCUCCGUUUUUACUGAGACGUCAUUGACAUAGAGCGUUGUGUUCAGUUACCCCGGGACCAUCUGAUGUGGGUACGUUGUGACGCGGUCGCCAUGCAGUUCCGAGCGGACAGCGCCAUCUCGGGAGCCCCAGCUGCCACGCCGCCCGUUAGAGCCCCCGUGUCUUCUAACUGAAGCUUGUGUCAGCUUCAUCCAAACCCACCUCCGGACACCGGGGUGCUGGGUUAGAGCUCGGCGCUGCUGUCCCUGCAGGACUCACAGACCCCCAUGGAGGUCCUGUCUCCCCAGCCCGUGAAGCAGGAAGGCCAGACGGCCGAGGGCCUGACCCUGGACUCGCCGUGGCACCGCUUUCGCCACUUCCACCUGGGCGAUGCACCAGGCCCCCGCGAGGCGCUGGGGCUGCUGCGCACCUUGUGCCGAGACUGGCUGCGACCCGAGCUGCACACCAAGGAGCAGAUGCUGGAGCUGCUGGUGCUGGAACAGUUCCUGAGCGCACUGCCCGCCGAUGUCCAGGCCUGGGUGUGCAGCCGGCGGCCCCGGAGCGGGGAGGAGGCCGUGGCCCUGCUGGAGGAGCUCUGGGGACCAGCAGUGAGGGCACCUCAGGAUGUGACAGAAGGCUCUGGGGUGAGCACUGGAAAGGAUGAUGUUGGGAUGAUGCCCUUAGGAGAUGCGGCCCCCGGGGUGGAGAUGCUGGCGACGGGGGACGCCCAGGCCACGCGCCCCUACAAGCAGGAGCCGGGCAGCCCUCCACCGGCCCCCGCGGCGCCGCCUGCGCCCGGCCUGCCCCCCUUCCUGGCGGCGGCAGCGGCCGCCCCGGGCACCACCUCUUGCCCCGAGUGCGGCAAGGCCGCCCUGAAACCCGCGCACCUGCUGCGCCACCGGCAGAGCCACUCGGCCGAGAAGCCGCACGCCUGCCCCGAGUGCGGCAAGGCCUUCCGGCGCAAGGAGCACCUGCGGCGCCACCGCGGAACGCACCCCGGCGGCCCCGGGCCGGCCCUGCGCCCGCUGCCCGCGCGCGAGAAGCCGCACGCCUGCUGCGAGUGCGGCAAGACCUUCUACUGGCGCGAGCACCUGGUGCGCCACCGCAAGACACACUCGGGGGCGCGGCCGUUCGCCUGCUGGCAGUGCGGCAAGGGUUUCGGGCGCCGCGAGCACGUGCUGCGCCACCAGCGCAUUCACGGCCGCGCCCGCCGCCCAGCCCCUCCCGGCCUGCAGCCCCCUGCUCCUGCGCCGGCUCCAGUCGGAACCUGUUUCCUCGACUCCUGUCCCGGGCCACACGGCCCUAUCGGGUUGUCACAGCCUGCCAGGCUGUCCCACUCCGUGCAGGUGCGCCCGCGAGCCCCUCCGCCCCCCCCCCCCCCCGGCCUCUCCCCCGGCCGUGUGGGGGCCCAGCGAGGCUGGCCUGAGCCCAAGAGAGGAGCGCGGGGCAGGGGUGGAGCGCGGGCCCCGGAUCCAGAGGAGGCUGGAGGAAGGAGACCCCUCCCCACGGGGCGAGGGUGGGAGGGGGAAGGGAUGAUGGUUCUGACAGGAUGGACUGGGCUCUGCUCGUGGGCUCCUUGGGCUCGCCCCUCUCUGCGGCUGGGAGGGUGCGUGAUGGACAGCGAUGCCCGCUCCAGUGAAGCACCGCGGAGACCACAGUUCACCAUUUGGAGAGUAAUAAAGUUACUGAUGAGAGGUGCCCAGGCAGUCCCAAGUUCUGUGUAGGCGGGCCUCACCUCCGAAGCCCGUGUUCUGGGAGGACCUUGGGCACCAGUUCCUCGUCCUUGAGCCUGGAGAGAAGCCUCUCAGAGAUGGGUUUCAUCCAGCUCCCUGGCGGCCCAGGAGCAGGUAUCUCCACUGCCGUCCUUAGAGCCAGAACGAUGCUCAAUGGAGGGACUGGCUUGGCGACAGACCCACUUGGGUUCUAAUCUCGGCCUGUGGCUUCCUGGCUGCUCAGCUUUCAUACCCACUGUGGGUUUCGGUGUCCACAUCUGUAAACAGCAGUGGUUCCUAUGUUCA